GGCAGAGACGCCGCGGCCCUCGCCCGAGCCCUAAUUCACCCAACGUUUUUUACUUGUAGCAGCGCCCCAUUUUCUUCUUCCACUGAAGUCCCUCUUCCCUCGAUUCCGCACUGUCCGACUGCCUUUGCUUCAACCCCUAGCUCUCUUCUUCCUCGCCGACAAUGAAGCUCGUCAGGUUCUUGAUGAAGUUGAACAACGAGACCGUGUCUAUUGAGCUCAAGAACGGAACUGUUGUUCACGGCACCAUCACAGGUGUGGAUGUAAGUAUGAACACACAUCUGAAAACAGUGAAACUUACACUUAAGGGGAAAAAUCCAGUGAGUUUGGAUCACCUUAGUGUGAGGGGUAACAACAUUCGCUAUUAUAUCCUGCCUGACAGCCUGAAUCUUGAGACACUGCUGGUUGAAGAGACACCCAGGGUGAAACCCAAGAAGGCAACAGCUGGGAGACCAGUGGGACGUGGUCGGGGUCGUGGCCGUGGCCGUGGACGUGGAAGAGGCCGUUAGAUAUCCUGCCAUCCUGUCCGAAUUUUUGUAAGACCUGGAUAUAUAAACACCAUUUGUAGUAGGGAGGUUAUGUUGAUCUAUGGAACCUUUGAAGGAGUGUCUGCUAGGUUUUUUCUUUACUAUUUGCCUUAUGAUGCUUAAUCUUGAUCAUGAAUUCAGAAUUUUCAACCAUCAUGUUAAUUUCUUACAAAGCUAUCAAAAAUGAAUCAAAAAUUGAUCU